AUGUCAGGCGCCGUGAAGGACGAACCGAGAGCUCCAAGUGACCGUCACAGGUCUGAAAUGAUCCACGUUGCCGUCAGAAGUGUGACGGAGAGCCGAGACUUCACCGUCAGAGGAGACUGCACCGUCAGACAGUUGAAAAGGGGUCUAUCAGAGCGGAUGGGAGCCUCAGCAGAGCAGCUGGUGCUGAUCCAUUCCGGCAGGAUCCUCAGAGAGUCAGAGCUGAUGAGUCACCUCAAAGGACAGAACGGGUCAGUCAGCCUCUGCAUGAUCCAAAGGCCUCAGCAGUCUUCUGCUUCACCCACCAGUGAUCCAGCUUCAGAAACUGUCCAAUCAGACCCCAACAACUUCACCCCAUCUCCCACUUCUCCCCUCUGCCUGGUAGAGGGUCUAGACAACCUCGGCCUAGAAAACAGCGAGCCUGGCUUCUUCCCUGCUCUCCAGCGCCAGAUGGAGAACCGACUGCUGGCGGACCCAGAGAUGAUGCGUCGUGUCCUGGGCAGCCCCUUUGUGCAGAGCACCCUGUCUGCUUCCAGCCCUCGACUGACCAGGCAGCUCAUUCUGUCUAAUCCUCAAAUUCAGCAGCUGCUGCGAACAAACCCAGAGGUGGAGGACAUGCUGAACAACACAGAUGUCAUCACACAGGUGCUGGAGCUCAUCAGGAACCCUGACAUGAUAGAGGAAGUGAUGCAACGUGAAGACAGAGCAUUAGGCAAUUUGCAGCCAGAGAAGGACGACUCUGAGACCAUCAAUGGAGAUUCAGCUGGUGUCCAGAGGACAGACGCAAAACGACAGGAGCAGAGUUUCAAAGUAUCACAGACUGCAGAUGGAGGAAACGACGCAGCACCGCCCUGCUCCAGUCAGUCCACAGACCCUCUCAGAGUACUGACUGCACCCAGAGCUGGUCCACAGUCUCAGAGUACCACUGCUGCAGGCAUGCAGUCGCUGCUGGAGGAGAUCACUGCCAGUCCAGGUCUGAUGGAGAGCCUCCUGUCUGGGCCGUACGUCAGCAGUCUUCUAAACUGCCUCAGCCAGAACCCUGACCUGGCUGCACAGAUGCUGCUGAGCCACCCUUUGUUCUCAGGAAAUCCUCAGCUGCAGGAGCAAAUGAGACAGCAGAUCCCUCUGUUCCUGCAACAGAUGCAGAGUCCGGAGCUGCUGUCAGCUCUGUUGAACCCCAGAGCCUUGGAGGCGCUGCUGCAGAUCCAACACGGCCUACAGACUCUGGCUGCAGAGGCUCCUGUCCUCAUACCUGCGGCUGGACUCGGGAACACUGGCGCCAGUGUUAAUGCUGCUCCUGAAUUUGCAUCUGAGUCUGUCCUGAACAGCCAAUCAGGAAGUGGCCCUCGGGUUGCCACAGUUACAGAGCAGCAGCAGCAGCAGUUUGUACAACAGAUGCUACAGGCACUGGCUAACACUAAUAAUGGGGUCCAUCACGAGGAGGACGAGUUCCAGGAGGAGCUGGAGCAGCUGAGCUCAAUGGGCUUCAGAGACAGACAGGCAAACCUCCAGGCCCUCAUCAGUACAGGAGGAGACGUCACCACUGCUAUACAACAUCUGCUCCGUCUCUGA